AUGCCUGAAAUCCCCAUCGCUCCAUACCCACCUCCGGAAAUCCAAUCCUUGAUCCCCCCAGACAAAUGGACAAAGUACCAAGACUCUUGCGUAACGGCGCUAACCCACCACUUGCUCCUCCCCGCCCCCUCGUUCCAGAACUCGCUGAGAGAUGCAGACCUCGUGGAAUUCCUGACGACCUAUGCUUCGAACCGGGCAGCGACGACGGCCCGGAACACUCCGUUGAGACAGAAGGUCGUGCAGAUACUGCAUAGGAUAUACGCUACCGCCUCGCCGAAGCACGUCCCCGGCCAGCUCGUCACGGCAACCUUCCUGACGGAGCUCUCCAGGGAGUUUGGCAAGAACCGUGUCGUACGCGAGUUACUGGACAGAGAGGAGGUGUGGGGGCUUUUCGAGAAGGAUGUGCUAAAGUGCGGGCUCGAGGAUGCCAUCUCGGUGAUUAGGUUUCUACCGAGGGUUUCCGAGAGUUUGCUGGCUGGGGAUGAGUGGAUGGAGGGCGUCAUUGUCCGCGGGGAGGUGGCGGCGCUGGCGACGGCGCUGGUUGCUGUCGCGUCGAGGCAGAAUUGGGGGUUUCUGGGGGAUGUGCUGUAUAGGCUUGUCUUGGAGGGCAGGAGGGAUAAGAAGGCUGGUGAGUUUGUGAAGAGGCUGAUUUGGGAGAUGCCGGUUGUUGGGAUUCUGGAGCGGGAGGUUGAUGGGGCUCCGGAGGAGGGGAGGAUCGCUGGGGUGCUUGAUGAGGUUAAGAGCUUUGGGCCGGUGAGGAGGAAGGAUAAGGGGAAGGGGAGAGAGGUGCUGGAUUUGGAGGCUUUGAGUAGAGAGGAGGAGGAUAAUCUUAUGAUGAAGGUUGGGAGUGUUCGGGACAUAUUACCCCACCUUGGGGCGGGUUUUGUGAGGAGAUGUUUGCUACAGAUGGAUGGGGAUGUGGAGAGGGUUACCGCCGCGGUAUUGGAGGGAAACUUGCCUGGCGAUUUGAAUUUGGUGGAUCAGGAGGAGGAAUUGUACUCAUUCCCCUCCAUCUUGCGUCUACCUUGGUUACUAACAAACCUAAAGCAUUCCACCCGAAGCCCAGGGACCACCCUCAGCGUAUGCUACUCCCCCCUCCGAACCAGCAGAUACGGAAUUCCCCGUUUUCCCGGUCCGUCGCAACAUAUUUGACAACGAUGAACUAGACCGUCUGGACCCCUCUGCGAUCACCCGUCUCCACCAGGGCAACAAAACCAACAAACUAACCGCAGACAAACUCCUCAACGCCCCCGAGGUCCCUAAGAGCGCCAUCUAUGCCGCGCUUGAAGCCUUCGACCCGGACGACGACGAGCGUGAUGAUACCUACGACGCAGCCGACAUUGGCGGAACUGUAGACACAUCUGCACCACCCGGCGAUGACCACUCCGGUGAUCGGGAAGGCGAUGAUGCGGAGAAUGCGCUUUGGAACGCGUACAAGUCUUCGCCUGAGGUCUUUAAUCGUGAUUCGGUGACUAGGCGCGGAAAGGCUAGGAGGGACCUUAAAGACCGGACGAACAUGACCGAUGAGGCGAUUGAGGGGUGGAAGGUUAUGCUUGAUCGGGAGCCGAACCGCCUACGAGCUAUGGAGAGGAGGUUUGCGGAUAAGAGUGUUUCGCAGAACCUUCUUACCAAGGGCUCUUGGAGUGCUGGUGGUGAUGAGGGGAUUGGUGCACGGGGGAGGGGUGGGAGAGUUAUGGGUGCGAGAGGCGGAAGAGGUGGCAGUGGCAGUGUAGGCAGGGGAAGGGGGCGUGGAGGCAGUGGGGACGUUGCGGGUCCUACUAAUGGGAAAGAGACGCAGCAGGGGAGGGCGAAGAAGGAGGCUAAUAAGGGGAGUAGAGCAAACCAUAAUCGGAGGGACCAGAGGGCGAAGAAGAUGGCUAGAGGAUUUGCAGGAUAG